CCUGUGCAGAGAGUACAGGUCAGAAAUCAGGUGAAGUUCAUUCGGCCGUGUACCCAAUUUUACCGCUUGGUGAACAGACUCACUUUCCUGAAGAGACACCACAUGUACUGCAUGUAUUUCAGUGCGGGGCCGAACCCCUCAAAACCCUCAGUGAAGAUGCAAAACGCGGUCUCCCAUCCAACUCCGCGACCGACAUUGCUUGACGUUCCCUGAUUUGUGACGCAACACGUGACAUACUUGUCAUGUAUCAAGAUCUGUUUGACUUGAGAUUGCAGGACAGUGAACAAGAUUGCGUGGACAACCACGGCCACGAGACGAUGCGUGAUUCAUAUCAGUUUCACUCAUUACAGACCUUAUCAGACGCAAAGAGUCAUGUCAAAACUAUCUGUAGAAUCUGUUUUCAUCACUGGAACCAGCAAGGGAGUCGGUCGUGGCCUUGUGAAGGGCUUUCUGGAACUUCCUAACCCACCCAAGAACGUGUUUGCGUCCUGCAUCGACCCUGACAACGACGAGGCAGUAGAGUUGAGAGAUGUGGCUUCACACAAUCCCAGCGUCACUUUGGUAAAGCUUGAUGUGCGAUCUGAUGCUGACAUCGCCAACGCCGUGACGACAGUACAACGUGUCUUGGGACAGAGAGGGUUAAACCUGCUUAUUAACUACGCAGCCAUCAACUCCCAGCUGCAUGGACUGGAGUCUUUGACAAGGGCUGAUAUCAUGAGUCACUGUGACUGCAAUGUGGCAGGUCCGCUUCUCGUAUCACAAGCAAUGCUUCCCUUACUGAGAAAAGCAUCCAAACAAAACGAAACACAACCUCUCGGAUGUAACAGGGCAGCCAUUGUCAACAUGUCAACAGGCCUAGUUAAAUCAAAGUUCUCACUGCCAGGAGAACGUCGCUUUUCCUACGUACUGACCAAAGCAGCCGCAGCCAUUGCUACCGUCAUGAUGUCCAGGGAACUGUCACCCGAUGGCAUCCUCGUGGCGGGCAUGUGUCCUGGGUGGGUGAAGACUGAUAUGGGGUGACCUGAGGCUUGCACCACGGUGGAGGACAGUGUGAAAUCAUGUUUGGAAAGACUGGGUAUAUUAGGUGUUGAACACUGUGGUAUAAUUCUUCUAGAGAAUAAUGCCUUUACCAUGUAAUUUGUCAGUUGGCGGUUUCUUGUGAAACACUUCAGGCAGAAUACAAAUAUAAUGUAGACUUAAUCAAAUCUGGAGUUCACUGCUGAACGAUUACAAUAAAGUCAAGGACACAAAUUCGUAUGCUGCACCCGUCCUUUCAUAUUCUUUUGGUGCGAAACAAGAAAUUCAGGGUAUUGACACCAUCACCCGAAGAAUCAUGUAAGACAACAGAUCCGACCACCCUCACUCUUUCUUCAAUCGCGUAUAUUUUCAAAUUAUAAUGGGAGGGUGUGGCUUUAUAAAUGUGAAGACUCUACAUGACAAACGUUUAUUCUUCACUUUUGCACACAUUUAUUUGUCUCAUGAUCCUCAUGUGAAUCCGGAUGGUCAAAAUGAAUUUCAACCAAGCGAAGUGCCGUGUCAAAUCAGACAAGAUUCAGUUGUUCAGGGAGUAGCUUUGUGGACGACCACUGCAUCGAAUUUAUGUGCAGUGUUAUGAGAAAAGCAGCAGCCCUGCAGAGUCUUUCGCUUGGAUCAUCAAGUCGGCUGGCCUGAAAAUUCAACCUGAAGUCACUUACCAUUCAAAACAGUCAUCAAAAUGUACAUUAUGUAAUGACUUUAAUGAGACUGUCAAACACAUUGUCAGUGGAUGCAAAUAUGGCAAAUAUAUAGUUGUCCAAUUACCCAUUGUUCUCGGGGCCUAAGGUUUGCUACCUACCAAUCUGUUAAUUGUUUGGAGAGUACCCGGGUUUUCUACAUAGCAUACAGCCCCUCUGGGUAGUGCAGAAGGAAGGCUGCAGUGCUGGUGAGUCUUCACAUUCUCCGAAAGGUUCUAGGUGGAUUCGACCAGACAGCGAUUCCUUGGAGAAGUCCUAUUCGCUGUCUGGGCUGCGUGUAGAGGGGGCAAGGGCCCUGAGAUGAUGAUGAGCCAAACCAGCCCGACUGUGCCAGGAUCACCCAAACCCUCUUUGCUUCAUAUUUUUAUCUUAAUCUGUAAUAAUACUGAAUAUAUCUCCAUAGAUAAACACAUGCUCGAA